AUGGCUUACGGCAACUCGUCUAGACAGGCUGUCUUAGCCGCUCUCUCCGACGUCGUUAGUCUCAGCCCCAACCCUGCUGACAACUCUCGUCACGCCUAUCACCCUUCCUACGAUCCAGAGUCUUCCUACAGCAGUCUUCAACCACUUCCCCUCGCUGAACCUCCAACCAUGGUCCCCGCAAAGAGUCCCUUUGAGGACCGCAGUCUUCCGCCACCUCCUCCUUCCAAGUCUAGCGGUACCGGUAUGGCUUCCAAAUUCGCCAGAGCAUUCGGCAGGCAGACUGCUGAAGACAAGAAACGUGCCAAAGACAAGCGUAUGAAUGACGAGAUCAACAAGACUACCGCUAAAGCUAGUCGCAUGGACAUCAUCGACCGUCUCGACCUUUCCGGCAUCAACGGUUCCAGCAUGUUUCACCACGACUCGCCCUACGAUGCUUGCACCCCUCACAUGAACAAGGGCAAGCGCGCUCCCGUCGGCGCUUUCGACCCCAAUGUUGACCCCAUGACCGGCCUUCCGCGCGGUCAAUCAGGCGCUAAGAAGGGUAGUCGUGCUGCUGCUCACGAUCCGCUCGCCUCCGACGACAAGGGCUCUGCCCGACCUGGCAUCAACUCUAGCGGUGGCCCCAGUCGAAGUGCCACCGCUCCUCUCGUUCCUUCUCUUUCCAUGCACGCUGAGGGCUCUGCCACAGAGCUGUCACUCGACGAAGACCUCGACGCUGACCGCGAUGCAGAGACCGAACGUGUCUGGCGAAGCCGUCAAGGAUACCACACUCAGCCUUCCAACGUCCCCGAUAGCCGAUACGAUGUCUCCAACCCCAACGCCGAUGUAUGGGGUGUCAGCGCUGAGCCAUGGCAAGACUUUGCUCAACCUAAGCAACCUGUUCGCUCCACCCUCAGCCCCUACUCGCACAACCCUGGUGAUCGCAGUGGAACCACUAGCGCUGCCAGUAGUGUUCUCGACAUGGAAGCCAUCAUGACCGGCAAGAACAAGUCUUCCCGCAACCAAGAUGAACUUGCAGUUGGCAGUGCCAGCCCCUUCCCCGAGCCCAACUGGGACGAGCGAGCACCAGCAGGCGAUGCACCCAAGCGAAGCAAGAGUCUCAUCAAGCGCAUUCGUAGCAUGCGUGACAACCCCAACGUCCCACCACCCGACGACGGCCUCGAGAUGGGCGUUCGUGACCGUCGUCGACGAGCAGCACAGCACAAGCACUCGCCUAGCACACCACCUCUUCGAACCGACUCGGCUGCUGUACCCGUACAGUCUUCGUACGACUCUCGCGCUGCAGCUGCCGACGCAGCCACAGGCGUCUCGAACGGCAGCUAUGGUCGUCGUACAAAUCGCAACGUCGUCACCCCGACCGAAAGAGAUGUUCUCGGUCAGCGAGAAGAUGCCUCUUACUUCCAGCAGUCUCAACUCUCCACUUCUCAGGAUUCCAGGGCAGGUCGCUCACCUAUCACAGAAGGCGGCUUGACAAGGAACGGCAGUCUCUUCAACAAGCUUCGUCGCAAUGGUGGAGGUCAGAAGUCUUCGCCAAAGUCUGCUGAACGUCAGGCUGCUUACGCGUAA